UAAAACAUUAGGCGAACUUCUUGCCCAGCUCCACUCGCUCACCUAUUUGAACUGAAAUACACUUUCCCAGAAAGCGCCGCCACGGAGGACCGACAUGUGGAAAUAUUUCCGGCCUCGGUUACAUUUUUAAAACUUUUUUUUUUUGUUUGCAUUCAGCGGAAACGCUCACUGGACGACAGAAGACUUUUCUAGUUUCUCCCACUGCGUUACUUUGAUUUAUUUCAUUCUUGCUCCUCGGUUUCUUUCGGGGCAUGCAUGCGAUGUCACGGAGUACUAAAAGGAGGAAGAAAUGUUUGAUUUUACAUCCAAUGUUUCCCAGUGAAAGUUGUUUUUGACUUUAUUUUUUAUAAUAUAUUUUUUAAAGAAGUUGAGCAACUGGCGACAGGACUCUAUAAUCAAUGUGGUGUCAGCUGGAAGGACGCGGGGUCCGGAUCUCACCUAAACGCUGAUACGUCCUGGGAGUGAUGCGCUGGCUUCCCCUGGUUGCCAUGGUGAUCGCGUCGGCCCUGCCCUUCCCUCACGACCCGGCCUCCCGCCUCCCGGCUCCGUCUGAGGACUACGGCCUCGGAGGAAAUGCCGACCGCAGCAGACGGGACGGCGUGAAAGCCUCCGCUCACAGAGAGACGUCCGCGUUCAGAGAGGACGGCCGGACGACCCACACGCCCUCCAGCAGCUCAGGCAGCCGGGACGGACGCAGUCUGGGCGCCGCGGCGAAGGAAGGACCCCUCAGGACCGAGGAAGGUUCCGAGGAUCGUUCUCCGCCCAAAGACUACGAAGGCAGCAGGAACAAUGGCUCCGCUUUUUUGGGCUCUGCCGAUACGUCGGCGCAUCGCCCGAGUCCCUCAGGGCAACACGGAGACGCGUGGAGAAGCAGGACAGGAGCUGAGGACAGCCUGACGCCGCAGGGGGGGCCGGGUCUGGACAGCCUGCUGGAGCUAGACGAGAUGUUCCUGGAUGCCCAUCCCAGAGUGUUGUUCUCGCCCUCUCCGUCUCCUCCGGAGCAUCCGCCGCUCCUGCUGAUGCUGGAGAACGGCCUGAUGGAGGAGGACGGCGGGGACGCAGACGACGUGGACGACCUGGACGGACACAUCGAGGGUCACGGCGACCGGGCGAUGGAGCGCAGCGGGACGACACCCAGCUGGGCGGACUACUCCAGGGGAGCCGCCCAGGAGGCGCAUCGCCCCGUGAAGCGGGACAAACGCUCGCACCUGAACGACAGACGGAGGGGGGAGAAGUCGGUGUGCGAGUCGGAGAGCGUGUGGGUCACAGAUAAAACCACGGCCAUCGACUCGUACAACCAGCAGGUCACCGUCCUGCAGGAGAUCCAGACGCAGACGGGACCCCUCAAGCAGUACUUCUACGAGACUCGGUGCCGGCAGGCCGAGCAGCAGAGCGGCCCCAGCAGGACGAGGGGGGCGGGGCAGAGGUCGGAGGGCACGGGCGUGGCCGGGGCCGGCUGCUUGGGCGUGGACAAGAAGCAGUGGAGGAGCGAGUGCAAGGCCAGGCAGACGUACGUGCGUGCGCUCUCCAAGGACGCCAACAACAGGAUGGGCUGGCGGUGGAUCCGCAUCGACUCGUCCUGCGUCUGCGUGCUGCUGUCCAGGACCAAUCAGGGGAGGGAGGUCCUGACCAGGCGGGGCCGAGUCUGAUUGGAGGGCAGAGCAGACUUUACCUGGCCACACCUUUCCUCCUUCACACAUUUUAGGACAAGAAAACAAGAAGACCUCAACGCUAGCUGACUGUAGGGAAAACUGUUAUAUUGACUUUUUUACACCAAGAAGUACUGUUUUUUAUGAUUUAUCUUUCAUAACCUAAGUUAUUUUUGACUAGUAUGUAAGCAUGUCUUUGAUAUUAAUAUAUUUCCUGAUGUGUCUACAACGUGACACCGGUAUAGCUUCUCUCUAUCUCAGUGUGUAUUUAUAGAAGACGUCUUCAUGCAGUAGCAGCAGCUCUCUCUGGUGUAAGAGCAAAGAGCGCCACCUACUGAGCUUUCAGCCUCCUACAGCUGUGGCUGAAUGUUACAGGAUCCCUUUCUGGGUUGUAAAUUAUGUGGCGCCUAAAGAAGAUCUGAUGACACCAUAUGAUAAUAAAAGAAAUUUGUAUUUAGAUU